AUGAGUAGUGGAAAGAAGAUAAGACCUGGGCGUCCAAGAAAAAAAGAAAAAGUAGUUUUGGAAAAUUAAAGAUCUUCAAACGAUGAAAUUUAAUUUAUAGCAGAUGAUUCUGAUUGUGAAAGAAUAUUAUAAAUAUUUGCCUAAUUAGCUAACUAUAAAAUCAUAACCAAAGUAGGACCAAAAAGAAUUAAAAAAAGUGAUAAGGAAAAAGCGGCAGAAGCAUUUGAAAAAGUGAGAAAAGUUCUUGCUGAAUUUGAAAUAGAAGAUAAGUAAUUCUUUCUUUUGUCAGAUGAAAACAAAAAGUACAAGAUUGAGAAUGAAUAAUUAGUUGAUAAAACUGAAUAUAAAUUGAUUGACUAAAAUGAAUUUGAUGAAAAAUUUUAACUUUUGAUUCAAAAAAUUAAUAUAGUCAAUAGAGAAUUGGAUAAAAAAUUUAUUGAUAUAUUGAAAGAAAUUUUAAUACAAUAUUCAUAAUUAGUGGUGAAUAGGGAAGAAAACUCUUAAUCUAUUACUGAAAAAAUUAUUCAAAAUAUUAAAAAUCCUGAGAAUUAAGAUAUAUUUUAAUAUUUAUUAAUAUGGUAAAGAUUAAGAAGCAUUACUAAAGAAGCUCGUAUAGAGAAUGCAUUAGAAAACUUAGAAGAAAAACGAAACGAAUGCAACAACAAAAAGUCUUAAAAAGUAAAGAGAAAACUUUAAGACUUUAUUGAUUAUCAUGAGAGAGAAUUAAUUGAAGAAAAUAGUAUGGAACCAAUCGAAUAUUUAAUUACCAAACUAAUUUUAGUAUUUAACUAAAUUAUAGAAAAUAAUUGA